GGCGGAGGAGCGGAGAAAGUGUGACUUUUAAACCGGCGGCGCUUCGGUUUCACAGCUUUUUGUUAUUGUUUUGGGGGAACUAACCGACCGAGCGCAGCAGGCCCGAAGCGUUAGCUCCCAUGCUAACAGCCCCGUGUGUUCCUAUCGGAGCAGCUAGCUCGGUGGCUAGCGUUAGCUCCCAUGCUAACAGCUCUGUGUAUUCCUAUUGGAGCCGCUAUUAGCUUCUUAGCGCUAGUCGGCUAGCAGGAGCUCCUGACACAUUUUCCAGCUAACCGGGUGACACGCGGCAUGUUUGGUGCUAACCGGAAGAAGUUUAUGGAGGGAGGCUUAGAGAGCGAGUACGCCGACGACUCCAGCCUCUACUACAGCCAGCAGUCCAUGUUCCCUCCUCACCGCCCCGACAAAGACAUGCUGGCGUCUUCCUCUGCUUCCUCCACGGGUCAACUGUCACAGCUGGGAGCCAGUUUAUAUGGACCGCAGAGUGCUCUGGGUUUCCCCAUGCGAGGGAUGAGCAGCAGUGCGGCGCCUCCGUUAAGUCGAAGUGGACUCAACCAGUCGGCCGGUCAACUGUCGAGUCACAGCAACACGCCUAACGCCGGCACGAUGCACACGCCUCCAUCACCCAGCAGGGGGAUCCUUCCGAUGAGCAGCCGGAACGUCCUGAACCACAGCCAGCAGGUGGGCGGUCCGACCGGCCAGGCGGGAGGGAUGGGAGGUGGGGGAGAGAGGGGAGGAGGAGGGAGGAGCGGCAGCAUGGGGAGUCCCAGCCGGUCGUCGCCCAGCAUCAUCGGGAUGCCGAAGCAGCAGCAGGGACGGCAGCCGUUCACCAUCAACAGUAUGUCGGGGUUCGGGGUCAACAGGAAUCCAGGCUUCAACAUGAACAACUCUCUCUCCAACAACAUCUUCAACGGCACAGACGGCAGUGAGAAUGUGACGGGUUUGGAUCUGUCAGAUUUCCCAGCGUUAGCUGACAGGAGUCGGAGGGACGGAGGUUCCAAUCCAACCCCACUGCUCAACCCGCUGGCCGGUCGGGCUCCCUAUGUAUCCUGUAAUUGGUCCGUUUCUCCAGUUGGCAUGGUAACCAAACCGUCCAGUGAGCAGUCUCAGGACUUCUCCAUCCACAACGAAGAUUUCCCAGCUCUGCCUGGGCCCAACUACCAAACGAAAGAUCCCACCAGCACCACCGAGGACAGCAAAACGAAUCUGAACUCUUCAGGAAAGCCCACCUCUAACUCAGACGGUCCAAAGUUCCCCGGCGAUAAGAGUUCGGCACCCAGCAACAACAACCAGCAGAAGAAAGGGAUUCAGGUGCUUCCUGACGGGCGAGUGACCAACAUCCCCGUCGGCAUGGUAACGGACCAGUUCGGGAUGAUCGGCCUGCUGACGUUCAUCCGGGCGGCGGAGACGGAUCCCGGCAUGGUUCACCUGGCGCUGGGCUCCGACCUGACGACGCUCGGCCUCAACCUCAACUCACCAGAGAAUCUGUAUCCUAAGUUUGCGUCUCCGUGGGCGUCGGCUCCGUGUCGACCACAGGAUAUAGAUUUUCAUGUUCCGUCAGAGUAUUUAACCAACAUCCACAUAAGGGACAAGUUAGCAGCUAUCAAGUUGUCUCGAUACGGUGAAGAUCUGCUGUUUUAUCUCUACUAUAUGAACGGAGGAGACUUACUACAACUCCUGGCUGCAGUAGAACUGUUUAACAGAGACUGGCGGUACCAUAAAGAGGAGCGGGUUUGGAUCACCAGAGCUCCGGGGAUGGAGCCGACGCUGAAGACCAACGCCUACGAAAGAGGGACCUACUACUUCUUCGACUGCCUCAACUGGAGAAAAGUGGCCAAGGAGUUUCAUCUGGAAUACGACAAACUAGAAGAGCGACCUCACGUUCCCUCCACCUUCAACUACAAUCCUGCCCAGCAGGCCUUCUGAUUGGCUGCCCCCUCCUCCUGCCUGUCUGCCAUUGGCCCUCCUGGCUCAUCAGCUGUUUAGGUUUCUUCCACCUCCACACUCUCAGAUCAAUCAGAAAGACUCGACGGAGACGCCGUCCUGCCUCCUGACCCCAGCAGACUUUAUCAUUUUAACCUUUUCUCAUGUUGCUUUACCUCAUUUUGUUUUUAUUUUAUUCCUCCUUUUUUCUCCUCCAUCAGUUUGGUUCCAGCAGUCGGUAAAUAAGUGUCCAUCCCACCGGCGAUUUCUAUUCAGUCUUAAGAAUCGACUAUUUUUGUCCAGAGAAGCUUUUAAAGGAGAAACCAGAUUUUAACGCCAUCAGGAUGGAUAAUUAUUCCGCUCUUGAGCACUUCAGCUCCGACUAUUUAUCUCUACUUUUACCAGGUUUUUCUUCCGGCGUUUCAGAUCAGAAAACACGUCAGACAGUCAGGAGACGAAAUGCAAUGUACAUUGUAGCACUAUUUCAUAAUAAAAGAAGGAAAAACAGCUUUUUUUAUGGGUUCUUCGUGUUAUCCGGGUAAAAAAACUCCAGCAGUGGGUUUAAUUUUGGGUUUUGGAGCAGCUAGAAAAGUCGCUUUUAGUUAGUUUCUCUUCCUAUUGUCAACAAAUCACACAUGUAGAGCUCCAAAUACUGCAAAUAGUCAGUGUUUAAACCAUAGAUUGGUCUGUUUAUUACUUGUUUGGGCUAAAAAAUGUCAAAGAUGGUGAAAAAUUAGAUUAAAAAAAUGAAAUAUUGUACCUGAAAAUGAGAUAAAUGAAAUAUUUCACCUGGAAAAAUUUGAUAAAAAUUAAAUAUUAUGCUGGGAAAAUGAGAUAAAAACUAAAUAUGCUAGAUAAUAAUGUAAUAUUUCACCUGAAAAUGAGAGAAAUUUUAAAUGUUGCACCAAAAAAAAUCGAUAAAAGAUAAAUAUUGCACUUAAAAAAUUAGAUAGAAAUGAACUAUUAAAUGUUGCACCUAGAAAAUGAGAUUAAAAAUUAAAUAUUAAAUAUUUCACCUGAAACAUUUGAUAAAAUGAAAUAUUUCAUCUGAAAAAUUAGAUAAAAUAAAAUAUUGCACCUAAAAAAUUAGAUUAAAAAUGAAAUAUGUCACCUGAAAAAUUAGGUAUAAUGAGAUCUUGCACCUGGAAAUGAAAUAAAAUGAAAUAAUAUGUCGGAAAAAUUAGAUAAAAAUUAAAUAUUUCAUAUAAAAUAAGAUAAAAAUGAAAAUAUUGCACCUGAAAUUAAGAUGGAGUAGAGCUCUAAAUACUGGAAAUAAUGAAUAUUUGAUCAGUAGAUUGGCCUGUUUUGGGCUAAAAAAUGUCAGAAAAUAAAAAAAUCAGUUUCCUGUCACAGAGGCGGAAAUUAAACAGACAAUAUUCACAUUUAAGCAGCAGAAACCACAGAAUUUAGACAUUUUUUUCUUAAAAGGUGGCUGAAAGUGAUAAAUUAACCAGUAAAAUAGCUGUCAAAGUCGAUUUAUCUUUGCAGCUUCAAGCUAAAAAUAAUUUUUCGAUGAAAGACAAACAAACAGGAAGUCCACUUUAUUGCUGCUUUAGUGCAGCGAUUUGCGACUCUUUUGGCUCAAAAAUGCUGCAAAAACUAUCUUUAAUCGUCACCGCUGAACAUUUUUAAUGUAAAAUUAAAUAAAUCUGCUCUAAAAUUGGCAAAACUGAAAAUAUUUGAAAAACUUAAUUGUUGGUUUGUUGACGAUAAGAAAAACUCACAUUAAAACCAAAUGCGUCUUUAAAUUCAACAAAACAGAAAAUAACAAAACUUCUACUCUUUCUCAGCUUCCAUCCUCUGCUUUUCAUCUCUUCUUUUAUUAUUUUAAUGUUUCUGCUGCUCUUUAGUAUUUAAUUCUUUUAUUUUUAAUAUAAUUUGUGCUCCCACAUUUAUUAUUCGGUGUAUUUUCCACCUGGUAUCAGUCAAACUAAUCAGAAUAUUUCUCUUUCUUGCUGAGAUUACUGCUAAACAGGAAGCUAUGGCCAGAGGCUAGUUAGCAUAGCUUAGCGUAAAGACUGGAAAGAAAGGGAAACUGUUAGCGUGGUUCUGUUUAAAAGGCAUUAACUAAGAAAUUCUGAGUUUUUUACACUUGGGUGCAGCUUAAACAACUAAUUAGUGAUUUUUAUGCUAAGAUAAGCUAAUUAGCACACAUUUUAAUGACUGAAAAUAAUCUGAAUCUCGGCAAGAAAGCAAAAUAUCUCUUCUAAAUGUUGUUUUUAUGUUUUUUUUCCUUUAAGCUCCACCAAAAGACCAAAAUCAACCAAAACAGUCUUUUAUUUUGAAAGGCUUCAUGUUUAAUUUGAUUUUACUUUGUCACCGUAUUUUGAAACCCCUUCCUCCAGGAGGCGCCGUCGUGUGUGUGUGUGUGUGCGUGCGUGUGUGUAUAUAUAUAUCUGAGGUCAGUAUAUAUACACGAACAUGAGGCAGUAUUUUUAAGAAAAAGGUUAAAAAUUUAAAAAAUAGCAAAUCUGCCCCCCGACGAGGAGCCCCUCCCUCCUCUGCUGGCAAUACCGAGGCCCCUCCCCCAUUGCCGUGGAAACAGGUUUCCAAGAGAGACUGCCAGCGACGACUCCCCGCAGCCUCACCGACCAACCACCUUCCAGCUACCGUCGCCGUGACCACAGGGGCCAGCAGCAACGCCAAGGACACGCCCACCGACCGUGUGACCUGUCUGAGACGAUCUGAUUGGAGGACGAGGACUGAGGCACUUGGCCGUAGGCUGUUUUAUUAAAUAUGGCAGCUAGUGUUUUAAUAGGAAAAAGAAUAAAAUAAAUAUUCUGGUAAUGAAACUGAA